GAGCCCCCUGUAGGGCGCACGGCUCCUCCUCCCGGCGCUCAGGCCCGCCCCACGCUCGGUGGCGCCCUUUCGGCCGCGCUGGGGAGAAGGAAAGCGCAGCGCCAUAGCCGAAUGUCCGGGCUGCGGCGCGCUCUGCUGGGACUCGGCCUGCUGGUUUCUUCCACCUCCUCCUCGUUGGGCUGGAGGCUCGCAAAAGCAGCUCAAGCGGGUUCCUGCCCGGCCGGGCGCUUGCCGCCUCUUCCUUCGUCUGUGGGCCGUCGGCAACCGGGCGCCCCCGCCAUGCAGGCGGCGGCGGCGGCGCAGGGGAUCAAGUAUCUCAGCCAAAAGGAAGCCCAAGCCAUUGAUGAGGAACUGUUUGAGAAAUAUAAAUUCAGCAUUGACCAGCUGAUGGAACUGGCCGGUUUGAGUUGUGCCACAGCCAUUGCCAAGGCCUACCCAGCCAGCUCCUUCACAAUCAGCCAGCCGGCUGUGUUGGUUUUGUGCGGCCCUGGAAAUAAUGGCGGAGACGGGCUGGUUUGCGCCCGGCACCUCAAAAUGUUUGGUUACGAGCCAACGGUGCACUAUCCCAAACGCCCCAGCAAACCACUCUUUGAAGGUUUAACCAUCCAGUGUGAGAAGAUGGGCAUCCCUUUUAUCUCAGAGUUCCCAGCAGAAGCUGCGCUGAUUGAUGAAGUCUAUGGCUUGGUGGUGGAUGCCAUUUUUGGAUUCAGCUUCCAAGGAAGUGUGCGGGAACCAUUUGGCUCCAUCUUGGAUACUUUGGAGAAGCUCACUGUCCCCAUUGCGAGCCUUGAUAUCCCGUCUGGGUGGGAUGUGGAGAAAGGCAAGCAUGAUGGGAUCCAACCCGACAUGCUGAUCUCCCUCACCGCGCCAAAGAAAGCAGCCAAGCAGUUCACAGGCCGCUACCAUUUCCUCGGCGGCAGGUUUGUGCCCCCAGCCCUGCAGAAGAAGUAUUCGCUGAACCUCCCUCCCUACCCAGAGACGGAUUGUGUGCUGCAGCUGCUUUAGUGGACCCGGCGUGGCUGUCAGGAUUAAGUUCCCAGCAGGAAGAAGUCUUGGUACAGAGGGACAAAGGUAGAGCGGGAUGUUGGGUCCAGGGAACAGAAGUCAAGGGAAGGCCACUCGACAGCUUGAAGAUGGGAGUUAUCUGGCAAGUUUCAAGGGCCAUUGUGGUUACUGGGUGGCUAUGCAGCUGUUGAAAGGGUAUGAGAAUACUCGUCUCUGAGAAGAAUUAGCUUUUGUCGUAGAUCCAGAAAGUUCCUUGAAGUCAGCUGACAUCACUGUCCUUACUUUGGGGUAAGGAUCCUUGGCUGAAUAAAGGCUCUUACCUAGACACUGUUCUUUCUUUUUGGUGCCUCUUAAAUUGUGUUCUGUUUAGGCUUGCUUUUCAGAUCUGCACAAGGAAGAGUCUUGUUGCUGGGUUUUGAAACAUCCUUGAUUAAGAGUCUUUUGUUUUCCUUCAAUAAAAAUUGUAUUAAUAUAUUAAGGAAUUGGUCUUGGCUUGUCAUGCAGAAACCAAUGCUGGGUUUUGAAACAUCCUUGAUUAGGGGUCCGUUUUUGUUUCUUGUCAAUAAAAAAUUGUAUUGCUAACAAAGUAA